AUGGGACACUCUGCCUCCAGCCACGACGAAGCCGCCGGCGACGCCGCGCCCUGGGAGGGCAUGUCGGCCGGGCGCUACCUCGCGACGCGCCUCUCGUCGCUGCGGCCGCCGAUGCUGGCGAUGCCCAACCCGUGGCGGCUGCUGCGCAUGCUCAACGCCCAGCAGUGGUCCUUCUUCGGCCUCGCUUUCGUCGCCUGGACGUGGGAUUCCUUCGACUUCUUCAGCGUCUCCCUCACCGUCAGCUCCCUCAGCAAGACGUUUGGCAAGUCCAAUACGGACAUCACCUGGGGCAUCACGCUGGUCCUCAUGUUCCGCUCCAUCGGCUCCAUCAUCUUUGGCAUCGCCGCCGACCGCUACGGGCGCAAGUGGCCCUUUGUCGUCAACAACCUGCUGUUCAUCGUCCUCGAGCUGGGGACCGGCUUCUGCAGCACCUACUCGCAGUUCCUCGCGUGCCGUGCCCUGUUUGGCGUCGCCAUGGGCGGCCUGUACGGCAACGCGGCGGCCACGGCCCUCGAGGACUGUCCCGAGCAGGCUCGGGGCCUCAUGAGCGGCAUCCUGCAGCAGGGGUACGCCUUUGGAUAUCUCCUCUGCGCCGCCUUUGCCCGCGCCCUCGUCAACACGACGCCGCACGAAUGGCGCCCGCUCUACUGGUUCGGCGCCUGCCCGCCCGUCCUCUUCAUCGCCUGGCGCCUCGUCUUGCCCGAGACGCUCAACUACCGCGAGCGCGAGCGCGUGCGCAACGAGGCCCGUCUCGCCGGAAGCGACGCCUCGUCGGCCGGCGCCGUCUUCCUCAGCGAGGGCAAGGUCGCGCUGCGCCGGCACUGGCUGCUGCUGACGUACCUGGUCCUGCUCAUGGCCGGCUUCAACUUCAUGAGCCACGGCAGCCAGGAUCUAUACCCGACCAUGCUCGAGAACCAGCUCGGCUUCAGCGCCACCGAGGUGACGGUGACGCAGGUCGUCUCCAACCUCGGCGCCAUGCUGGGCGGCUCCGUCGUCGGCUUCUGCAGCCAGUCGGUCGGCCGCCGCCUCAGCAUCCUCGUGUGCUGCGUCGUCGGCGGCGCCCUGCUCUACCCCUACAGCUUCGUCGGCACCACCUCCAUCAUGGCCGCCGCCUUUUUCCAGCAGUUCUGCGUCCAGGGCGCCUGGGGCGUCAUCCCCAUCCACCUCAUGGAGCUGUCGCCCGGCGCCUUUCGCACCUUUGUCGUCGGCACCUCGUACCAGCUGGGCAACCUGGUGUCGUCGGCCUCGUCCACCAUCGAGGCCCGGCUCGGCGAGCGCUUCCCGCUGCCGCCGACGGACGACGGCGUCAAGCGGUACGAGUACGGCAAGGUGAUUUGCAUCUUCAUGGCCUGCGUCUACGUCUACGUCAUUGUCCUGACUGUCAUCGGGCCCGAGCAUCUGCACCGCAAGCUGGACGUGGCCCACGACGAGGAUGCAAAGGCCGUGGUGGGAGCCGACGCCGCCAUGGGGCACCGGAGCGUCGAGGACCCGCCGGCCGGGACGCAACAUCUCGAGAAGGAAGACCCGGAGAAGAAGAUGUAG